AGGAAAAAGAGUAGUCAGUACACUUUCAGCGUGUAGAAAUUACAGACUCAGGUCAUCAGUAGUAAACGUAAGGCUUGUACAAUCGUAGAAAUACCGUGGAGUGGAACUGGGAAACGACCAUGCAGUUGAUGUGCAACACGCAUAACGAUCGUGUCUAUCUAUCGUUGUCGUACAUAUUAAUAUUACUUAUAAAGUUUAUUUUAUAAUUUAUUUUAAAAAUAAUUUUACAAAACUCCGAGUUUUUAUUAAAAGGAAAAAAAGGUCGUAUUGACUGAAAGUGUUAGUUUUUGAUGAAGAAAAGUUUUAAUUCUUUGCUGGAAUAAGGAAAGUCUUUUCUAAGUUAUUAUCAAAUAUAAGAUUGGUAAAAUAAGUUGUAACGAGUUUAUUUAACCAAUUGCUAAUUGAUCGAUCGUACAUAAUUACAGAGAAUUAAUUAUUAGAAAUAUGAAUUUGAAAAAAAUUUAAUUGUUAGUCAAACAACUUGAUAUAAAACUAACUUCUGAUAAAUACUGACGUCAGAGGAUAAAUUACUCUCAAUCUUAUGCAAUAUUUAAUCUUAAAUCAUACUAUACAAGGUUUAAAUUCCGUAAAUCAAAGAGGAUUUGAUGAGAUUUACAAAAAAUUGAAUAAGUAUAAGAAUUUUGUAGCUAAAAAAUUUUAAAGAAAAGAUAAAAAAAGUGGAGGAACAACGAUCACGUCAGAAAAUAUGCUUCUUGACCAUCAGACAUUUACACGAAGGUGAUCGGGACCGGUUCAUUUUGUGUGCUAUAUCAUUGGGCCUUCAGUAAGUGCAUGGGAAAUCGAGAGAAGGACGCAAUUUACCAUCAGGUAGAUUUUUUUUUCGCGAAGAAGGCUACGUAGUUCUCAGGAAAAAAUUAUUGAUCAAGUGCAAUACAGACACGUCUAGAUUCUUUAAAACAGUAUUUCAACAGUCUUAAAGAUCACAGGAAGUGUUCAAGAUACAUAAUAAAAGUGACUUUUAUUUGUUUGUUUAUUUCAUUAUACUGUAACUUUUCUAUCUACUUGAAAAAUGUAUCAACGAUCAGUGCUAAUUAAUUUACCCAAGGCUCAGUCAAUAAACAUAGAAUUCCACAAUUUAACUUAUGAAGUAAAACCUGGAAUUUGGCAGUCAAAAAAACUUUUGUUGAAAGGAAUUAGUGGUUGUUUUAAAUCAGGAGAAUUGACAGCAAUUAUGGGUCCAUCUGGAGCGGGAAAGUCUACAUUGUUGAACCUCUUAACAGGUUUUCAAUCUGGUAACAUUAAAGGAACGAUUGACUAUACCAGCGAUGAAGCUGGUAAACAAGGCUGGAGUGUUUAUAAAAAAGCUGCAUGUUAUAUUCAACAAGAUGAUCGACUAGCUUCGUUGUUUACGACGUUAGAAACAAUGACAAUAGCAGCAAAUUUAAAACUCGGAAGUUGUCUCAGUAAAAAAGCUAAAGAAAUGCUCGUUGAUGACAUUCUUGAAACUUUAGAUCUCACGAAAGCUAAGGACACACGAUGCAAUAAACUUAGUGGUGGUCAAAAAAAACGGUUGAGCAUAGCUUUAGAACUUAUUGAUAAUCCUCCUGUUAUGUUUUUGGAUGAACCAACAACUGGAUUAGAUUCUUCUUCAACUCUCCAAUGUGUUGCUAUGCUCCAUAGUCUUGCAAAAGACGGUAGAACAAUUGUUUGUACUAUUCACCAACCUAGUGCUGCAAUUUAUGAAAUGUUUGACCAUGUAUACUUACUUGCUGAUGGUCGCUGUGUAUACCAAGGAGCUCCAAUGAACACAAUCUCUUUUUUCAGUAACGUAGGUCUCCAAUGUCCUAAGUACCAUAAUCCAGCUGACUUUAUGAUCGAAGUCGUCAAUAAAGAAUAUGGUAAUUUUAAUGAACAACUAGCAAUUGCAGCAGCUGGACCACGUUCUUGGAGGUCAGCACCUGCAUUAAAACCUUCAGUCUAUGUUAGUGGAAUUAUUAAUCGAUCUGCUAAUGACAAAAAAGCAACAGUAUUAAUUAGUCCACCAUCAGAAUUUGAGAGAUUUUGGAUACUCCUCAAACGCUGUAAUAUGCAACUUUACCGUGAUUGGAGUAUGGUGUACUUGAAAUUUGCAAUUAACUUUUCCGUCGCCAUUUUAUUAGGUUUAGUUUUCAAAGAUGCAGGAUCUGAUGGCUCAAAAACUAUGAAUAAUCUUGGAUAUCUUACAAUAACUGCAGUUUAUUAUGUCUAUACUUAUACUUUACCAGCAAUCCUUAAGUACCCUUCAGAAUUACCGGUUCUGAAGAAAGAAAAAUUCAACAAUUGGUAUCAUCUUCGGACUUACUAUAUAGCAUUUCUUAUUGCAAAUAUUCCAAUUUAUAUAUUAGACCCUGCUGUCAAUACAUCAAUCGCAUAUUUAAUGACUAAUCAACCUUUAGAUUGGUAUCGAUUUUUGAUGUUUGGCCUCACUGGGAUGGUAAUUAUUCUUGUUGCUGAGAGCAUUGGAUUGCUACUAGGCACGAUGUUCAAUCCAAUAAAUGGAACUUUCAUUGGAUCAAUCAUAACAUGUGCUAUGUUACUUUUUGCGGGUUUUCUUGUUUUAUUACGACAUAUGUCAUUUGUAAUGUACUCAAUUAGUUAUCUUAGUUAUCUCAGGUAUUCAUUAGAAGCUUUAGUACAAGUAGUGUAUGGUUUCAAUCGUGAAAAGCUUCCUUGCCCAGAUAAUAUUAUUUAUUGUCAUUAUCGAAUGCCCAGCAUGAUUUUAAAUGAAUUUAACUUAACUGAAGAUCGAUUUUGGUUUGAUAUUUGUAUUUUAUUGAGUUAUUUUGUUAUCUUCAGAUUUAUUGGAUACUUUACUUUAAAAAGAAAGCUAUCAAGAGCUUGAAUUAACAUAAUGGCGUAACUUUAUUUUAAUUCUUUUCAUUUUUUGUAAAUUAACUGAAUGUCAUUUUUUUGUGAUAGCGUAAAAUACUUUCGGGCAUUCAAAACGAGUUUUCAAGGUCUAGUUCAUUUACAUUGAAUUGUAUUUAGGAAUUUUUUACAAUGAUCAAUGUCUAAAUCUCUAAAUGUAGUGAAUUGAGAGAUUAUACCAUUUUUGAUUAAUUGCUAUUCUCAAGUCUCAUCGUAAUGAUUGUAUUAAUUGUUAUGACAAUAAUAUGUUCUUAAGAACGUGACAUGCAAAAUAAAAAUCAAGAUUAAUGUUGAAAAUGAUCUGUACAUACUGAAGGAAUAAAUGUAUUGCUUUUUUUUCAUUAAAUAUAUGCCCUUUUUACUUGAUGAUAAAAUUAUGAAAUAAGAUUCUUAUGCUUAUUUGCAUGUGUUAAUUAAAUUAAUAAUUUGAAAUUAUUUUGUAUUAAUUAAGUUACUUUUCCUGCUUAUAAUAUGUAAGGAAUCUAUCUAAACGAUCUGGCUUUGGUAUUGGAGUACUCUGUAAUUCACUGUGUUAAAAAUUGAAUAUCAAUAAUUUCAUAACAUGUGAAAACGAUAUAUAAACGUAAAUUCAUAUUAAUUCUAUUUUUGAUUUCAUCGAAAAAAUUCCUAUUAUGCUGUUAACCAUUCUGCAAUCUGAUAAUCAUUUCAUUGAAGAAUCAAAAAUAUGACAUCAUACACAUUAGACGAUACCAUCUUAUGGAGAUGAGUAGAUAACAUUAUUUUCCCAGAUACUAAAUGGGUAACGAUGAGAAGAAGCAUUUAAAAAUGGAUGCUUUUUGUAGAUAAGCAUCAGUUCAGCUUUGUUUUUUACACUGUUCUAUCAUCAAUUUCUUUAUCAAGUUCAAAAAGUCGAAGUAUAAUUAAACAAAAACUGAUAAAAAAUAUUUAAUGACUGAAGAAUUAUCUUGAUAUUGAAAUUAUUAUAUAAUAUAUCUAAAGUAAAUAAAUUAUGACAGAUGAAUCUUGGCUUAUGGUAGUCAAGCAGUAUGUUGAUAACAAAAAUUAAAUUAAUUUAUCUUUAAAUACUCGAUACAAAAUCAAAUUUUUAUAACUAUCAAUGAAAUACUACACUUAUAAAUUGUCAUAAAUUUUAUGUAAUAAAUAAACAGAAAUUUAAAGACAAUCAAAUAU